AUGUCUAGCUCUGCAGCAGCAGCUUGCCACAGUUCUUCUGGGGAAGAUUAUGAAGAAAAAGGCAAAUGUAAGUUGUUCAGGAAACUCCAAAGCUUGAAAGCAACUGGAACAUGUUCUUGCAAAAGAAUUCGUGGACUAGUUCCUUCGGAGUUCAUGUUGCAAUGGCAAAUGGUGGUUGUUAUAGCACCUGUUGGGUUGACUACGGUUGCACUUGCGGCUCGCAAGGCAGCUGGGGGUGGCAAUUCUAGUUACUGA